AUGGACAUUGCCGAUUCGCCAGAUCAAAGCAAACGAAAAAAAUUCUUCGAAUUGAGUACAAAAAACAGAACAGAAACAGAAAAUCAACAACAAGUCUUAAAAUGCAAAUCUGAUUAUCUAAAAGAUUUUAUUGCUGCAGCAUCAGCUGGAUAUUUACAUGGUGGUUCAGCUGUCGGCUUAUAUAGUGGUGGACAUGGUCUUGGCCAUGGUGGUUAUUCAUCACUUGGUGGACACGGUUAUGGAUUAGGUUCAUAUAGUCAUGGCUUAGGACAUGGUUUAGGUUAUAGCAGCUAUGGACAUGGAUAUCAUGGUGGAUAUGGUGGACAUGGUCUUGGUUAUGGUGGAUACGGUCAUGGUGGAUAUGGUCAUGGUGGAUAUGGUCGUGUUGUAAGAGUUGGAUAUGGUGGACAUGGUCAUGGUGGAUAUGGUGGAUAUGGUCAUGGCGGUUGGUGGUAA